AUGCCAAAGCGCAAACUUUCCGACCUCGAAGGCUCAAAGCCGUCCAAGCACUCCGACACCCGCAAGCUGUCAAUAAAAGCCGUCAGACUCACAGUAAAGUUCGAACAUGGCGUGGAGAUCAUAUUAAAGGCCCUCAAGAUGGCGCGUGGAUUUGAGCGCCAGAAGUUGAGUCGGCGAGAGAAGACAGCCAAGUCCGAAAACAACUCGGCUGCAUUGACAAAAUUGGCCGAAGAAGUCGCAGCGUUGAAGGCACUCGAUUACCAGACUACAUCCGAGCGAUAUCUUUUUAAACAGCUCUCCAAGACAAAGCGCAUUGCGGAGCUACCUGUGUUCAAGGAAUUUGCAGAGUCCAAGAAUGUCUCUACCGAAGGACCGAAGAGCACGGCCGAGGCCAACAUCACGGCACGACUUUUUUCAUCUAAUCCGGUAAAGAAUGCGUUGCCAAAUAUUUUACUUGAGAUUCGGAAAUUGCUAGGAGUCCACGAGGCUCCUGUCGCGAAACAAAUUAAUGCGGGAAUCAAGAAAGAUGCACCACUAAAAGAGAAAAAAGUCCAAAAGAAGCAGGCAGAUGGAGAUGUUAUAUCUGGGUCAGAAGAGGAAGGGCCUCGAGAUUCUGGCGUAGCGGAUGAUAUGAGCGUUUCCGGAGACGAAGAGUCGGGAGAUGAAGAAUUUUCAGAAUUGGAUGCGCGACUGGCUCCAGGUUCAGACUCAGAGGAAGAAUUGAAUUCUGGCGAGGGAAUUUUCGAUGGAGAAAAAGAAAAGCCUGAUCUAGAUGACAUUUCGGAUUCAGUCUCUCGCUCGUCAUCCCCUGUCUUUUCAGAAGGGACAUCCCCGCCACCAAAAAAGGCCAAGGCGAGCAAGGCAUCCGCCGCCCCGGUAACAGGCACAACAUUCCUCCCGUCGCUGAUGAUGGGUGGCUAUUGGUCUGGUUCUGAGUCUGAAGCUACUGACGAUGAACAAGUUGCCGGCCCACCCAAACGCAAGAACAGGAUGGGUCAACAAGCGCGACGCGCCUUGUGGGAGAAAAAAUUUGGUGCGAGUGCGAAUCACGUCAAGGAACAGGAGAAGAAGGCGAAAAACAACAGAGAUAGUGGAUGGGAUACUCGGAAGGGAGCAACCAGCGGUCGUGGUGGUCGUGGCCAAGGCCGUGGUGGAAGAGGUGACUUUGACUUGACAGAUCGACCGCAUAAUAAGCACAGUCAAUCUAGUCAGGGAGCCUCAGCCCCAACACUAUCACGCAGUGCAAAGGGCCAUGCUCCUGCAAAGGACGAAGGACCACUUCACCCUUCCUGGGAGGCAAAACGAAAACUGAAAGAGAAGACGGCUACAACCACUUUUUCAGGAAAGAAGGUCGUGUUCGAUUAG